AACUAGAAGAGAAAAAACACUUGCGCUGCAUCGCCGCUUGUUGUUUUACAAAUCCAUAAAAUUACCUUUUCUGCACUAAAUACCUAAUUAAAUCCAAUUAAUUUUGAUUUAAGUAUGCAGAAGAAUCACGGUGGUGGAAGACGGGACAGGUCCCGGUCCCCCAUAGCUGUAGACCAGGUGGGUCGAAGAAGGGGGUCUUCUAAUAAUAAGCAGAACAAUUAUUCACAAAUGGAUAACAACGGUGUGGCCGAUAUGUCCAACAACAUGGCCAAUAAUAUGAAUGCUAUGAUGAUGAACAAUAUGUAUCAACAAGGAAAUAUGAUGAUGUCAGGAAUGUUUCCCAAUAUGAUGAUGCAAAAUAUGAUGGGUGGUGGAAUGAUGCAAGCAGGGAAUAUGGACAUGAUGUCUGGGGCUAUGCAGGGAGCAAUGCCUGGAAUGCAAGGGAUGAUGCAGGGAGCCGUGCAGGGAUCAAUGCCAACUGGCAUGCAAGGCACUGUGCAGCCACCACUGCCUGGCCAGAUUCAGCCCCCACUGCCUGGGCAGAUUCAACCACCUUUACCUGGACAAAAUAUGCCCACCACUGGAAUGGAAAUGAUGCCACAACAGACAAUGGACAUAGCGCCGAUGCCUGCUCCACCAUUGCCCCCAAACAGUGGGUCUAUGGACAUGAACAUCAUGGGAGGCAUGAUGAUGGAUCCCUCCAUGAUGGGCAUGGGCAACAUGGGCAUGUACUCCAACAUGGGAGGAGACAUGGCCAUCUCUCCUGUUAAGGAAGAAAUUGUACUUAAACACUGCAUUCUGACCCCGGCGGACCCAGGAACAGCUGAACCUCCAAGGAGAAUGAAGCCACUGGGAUGCCGCACCAUCUUUGUUGGGGGUCUCCCUGACAAAAUCAAAGAAAGUAUAGUCAGGGACAUAUUUGAGAGAUAUGGUCGUAUCCACCAGCUGAGGCUAUCCAAGAAAAACUUCUGUCACAUCAGAUUUGAUAGGGAGAAUUGUGUCGACCUUGCUAUGCAGUUGUCUGGGUAUCGCAUCAAAUUAGUAGAUAAAGAUAGUAAAGACAAAGAAGAUGAAGACAACCAUUCAAAUACUGGGUGGCUUCAUGUUGAUUAUGCCAUAAGUCGGGAUGAUCAAAAUGAAUAUGAGAGGAAGCAGAGACAAGUGCUGCGAGCCCAGCAGGCGCAGAUGGAGCAGCUCACCGCGCAGCAGGAGUAUGCGGCUGCCAUGACCGGCCGGCAGGCACCGGCCAUGUACAGAUCCCCUUCGCCACCAAUCAGGCCAUUCAGCAAUGCGGCUAUAACACAGAUGUCUGAGAAAAUUAAAAGUGAAGAACAUUUUGCAGUUAUUCUCCCUACUCUGCUUGCCUGGUUAGAAAGAGGAGAAUGUUCAAAGAAAAACUCAAAUCAGUUUUACUCCAUGAUUCAAGCCACCAACUCUCACAUUCGAAGGCUUUACAGUGAGAAAAUGCAGUCAGAAGAGGAACUGCAAGAGUUCAAGGAAAGAACUAAACAAAAAAUUGAGAAUAUAAUCGAGCAACUCGAACAGGUGGGGAAAGUGUUUAACGCCGCCACUCAUCAGCGCGUAUGGGAUCACUUCACUAAGCCUCAGAGGAAAAACAUUGAAACAUGGCAGAAAAUGACUCAGGACUUUUCAAACCUGAAAGAUGAAUUUUUGGAGAAGUUCGAGAAUGAACACAACAAUGAAAAUAAUAUGGACAUGGGCAACGGAUACAAUAUGGAGUCUAUGAAUGACGAAGUAAACCAACAGCUCAAGCGCGAAAACGAAAGUCUCCAGUUCCAGUUGGAAGCGUACAAGAAUGAAGUAGACGUCAUAAAGUCCGAAUCCAAGAAAGAGAUGGAGAAGUUCAAGGCACAGUUCAUCGCGCGGCAGGCGCUUCAGAGCACUUUGGAACAGAAGAACCCGCCGCUGCCAUCGCCGGUGGUGAAGCCGCCGCCGCCGCCGCCGCUGCCCGAGGACCUGGACGCCAAGGUGCACAUCAAGGACGAGGUGGAAGCCGGCUGCGGGGAGGCCAAGCUGAUCGGGGUCAUGUCGGCGUUCUUGCAGGUGCACCCACAAGGAGCGAGCUUGGACUACGUAGUAUCCUACGUCCGAGCCCUAUUCCCGCACGUCUCACAAGCGACAGUGCACCACGUGCUUCAGAAGCAUGCGGACGUGUUCCAACGCACCACGAGCGGCGUCGGCGCGAACAUCGAGAACCGCUGGGCAUUCGUCGCCUUCACGCCGACACCAUCGGCAUAGCAAUCACAGGUAGACGGAGACAUGUCGACGGCUCCGCGGAAAAAAGUAUCGCUCGUGUUUAAGACGAAUGUGUAGCUUUAAUUUUUGGUCUACGAUCGUAGUUUUGUAGUGUUGAAGUGAACAAAACGUAUUUUCUAAUCAGUAGAAUAUGGAUGGAAGUAAUUUUACAAUAAAUAUCUUCAUAGUAAU